AUGAAGUCAAAAACAACAAUAAAGCGUGGCUCCACUUUUUCACCAAUCGCCUCAUCUUCUAUUUCAUCAACGUCAUCGCCAUCCGCUUCUGCAAUCGCAUCAUCAGCAUCAUCAUCUUCGUCUUCAUCGGCGGCAUUAAAAACGGCGCUCUUGAAUGCUGCCACGGCUGCAGCAGCAGCAGCAACAGCAGCGGCUACCUCCUCUUCCUCGCCUACAUCUUCGCCAACUCUGCUGCCAUCAUCGCCGGAGGCGACACUCCUCAGUCAACGCGAUAUCUUCAAUAGGCGGCGGCGUAAAGUACGCAUUAGCAUACCGCGAAUUGUGUUAAUGGACGCAGAGACGGGUGUAGAAGCAACAACACCAACUGCAGGAGUGGGUGUGGGAGUGGGAGUGGGAGUGACAGUAGCAGCAGCGGCGGAAGAAAGUGUUUGCAACAAUAACAAUAAUAACUACAACAAUACUAAUACACUAACAACUAUAAAUGAUAUUGCCACUACUAAUACCAAUACAACAACAACAAGCAAUACUGAUACCGCUGUUAGUAAUGCAGCAUUCUCUUCAACUACACCAACUAUUGUUACUACUUCUACAAUAACAAAAACAACAACAACAACUGCAU